AUGAGAAAUCAAGUCUACAAUUUCUUGUUGAAAAGAAAGGUUCAUUAAGCGGCAGUUCUCCUAAUUUUGUUGCUAAUAUUUGAAAAAGUCGAUAAUUUAUCUUGCUUUGGGGAUUCAACUGGAAAUUAUCCCAUAGUUUUGGGAGGGAUCAAGGAUUAAACAAAGUAUGUCUCAAUUGAUAUGGAUUCAAAUGAUAAUGUACUAAUGUCUGGAUGGACUAAGAGUUCUGAUUUGACGGGAACAUCUACUACUCUACCCAUUAUUGUGAUUCUGGAUAAAGCAGGUUCUUACACAUUUUUCAUGAGGUAUUAGGUUACCUUUGCUGGGGAAUUCUCGACUGCAAAAUUUAGAUAAACUGAUGAGACUUAAAUUGUAGGAAUUAUGGCAACAACCUCCUACGAGUUUAAAAUAUAUCUUAUUUCUACUUUAGAUGGUUCUAUUAUUGCCAAGUAUGGUACAUCUAUUUUGGCUCCUCUAAAAGUUUCAAUAUCAAAUGACUGCUUUGUUAUUAAUGGGGAUCGAAUAUAUCUUGCAAUGAAAACUGAUUCAGGAUACACUUAAAUAAUGGGAUUUUAAUUGACAACAUCUGAUCUAAAGGUAGAUUUUUAUUAGUAAUCAGCUGCAAAUUCAGCUUCUAAUAAUCAAUUUGACUCAAUGUACCUGUUUGGAAAUAAUUUAUAACUACUCCUAAGUGGAUAAGUUAGAAGUGGAAGCUAAAACUAUUGGACAUUAUGGUCUUUCAAAAUAUCAGACUUUUCUAAUGUGAUAAACUUAGCAUUUCACUCAUCCAAUAUACAGUCUCAGAAAAUGAUAUAUAAAAAUGAUGGCACCACUAACCAUGUAUAUAGAGUUGGAUAUAAUGCAAAUAAAAUACUCUAUUUUCACUAUUUGAUUGUUGACGAUGCAGGUACAGUCAGCACUGAAUAUCUCUAUUAGCAUGACUUUAGUGACAGUCCAUCUUGUAAAAGUUUACAUCCAGAUUCAUCAUCUAAUACACUAAUUUAUAUGUUUAUCUACUUAUCUACUGAUAAGAUAUUCUUACUUGCUACUUUGGAAUUCGUAUCAGCAAGCUCUGGAAAAUUGACUAAGCAUGAGUUAUCAAAUUUUUCGAGAAGACAAAACACAUUGAUAUAUGGAUACCUUAAAGGAUCCUACUAAUAUUAUAUUGCAUAAGUAUAAAAGCUUCCAUAAUCAUAAGAUUAAAGCAAAGACAGCUCUCUAAAAUUUCUUUCAGGAGCACUUAUGACUACUGACAUAUCAUAAAGUUGCCUCAAUAGAGAUGAAUCAACAAAUACAGAAGUGACAGUAUCAUCAGUAUAAUUAUCAGCUGAUGCAUGCCCUGAUACUUUCAAUAAUGAUAAAACCAAAAUAACUAUUUAUUACUCAGACAAUAUUCUUGGUUUGAUCUCCACUGGCAAAUUACUGAGUACAACUCUCAUCUAUUAAUCAUGGUGCAGUUCCACAUAGCCUGUCCCUCAAUCUGUUGCUGUAAGUGAUGGCACUUAUGAGAUAUUCAGUGGAAAUAAAUAUUUUCCAUUCACUCAAUUCACUACAGAUUUAGCUUGCACUGAUUCUACUUGGACUUAUAGCUUUACGUCCACGUUUGAUGGUACAUCAUAAAGCUCUAAUCCAUUUUCUUAUGAUUCAAACACACCUCUUAGAUUUAAAGCAUCGAGUACUACUGAAUCUCACGCUGGUACAUAUUCUUUUCAAUUGACAGGUACCUUGAAUCAAAAUAGUGAAACUGCUUCAACUACGUUUAAUAUUGUUGUGACAAAUCCUUGUAUAUCGGUAAGCUUGACUAAUAGCGGAGGAAAUCAUGCGGAUGUUUUGUAUUAUCUGGGGGAUGCUGCCUAAACAAUUAAUUUUUCUAGCUACUUCACCUCCACAAGAUCAACUUGCACAAGGGUAUAUGAAAUGUAUACAAAUGCAGCACUAACUGCUGCUCCUAGUGCUUCUGUGUUCCUGUUAACUUAAGCUGGAGUAUUGAGCUACUCAUCAAGUGAUACUACACUUCACGGGACAAGCAUAACAAUUUAUAUAAAAGCAUAUCACAAGUACAAUACCUAGAGUUAAUUUGACAUAGCGACUGUUAAAAUCACAUUCAACAAAUGCAAAUUGAAUACUGCAACUCUAGCUACUCUAAAUGCAUACUAUUAUUACGAUUGGGGGUCCAACGCAAUGACCUUUUAAUUCACAGCUUGGACUUCUUUAUAUGAAACAGAUUGUGGGGUGUUCAUUUAUACAGUAACUUAUAAUGCUAACUCAACUGUGAUACCAGCAACUAAUUCAGUUAUCAGAUAUACUUCAAAUACUAGAACUUUCACUUUAUUUACAAAUAGUGUAGAUCAUCUAGGAACUCAUGAAAUCAAAAUAUCAGUAAUAUUGCUUACCUAUUGGGUAAAUCACUUAUGCGACUACUAUGGUUUCAGGUGCUACAUUAGCAUCGUGGAUUACAUUCACAGGCUAACUAUUUUGCCAGAAAAUAAAAACCCACCCUCAAUAGCAACACCUAAAGAUUAAACUGUAACAGCUGGUUUAUCUCUCAAGUAUUCACUAGGAUCGGUAACUGAUGCAGACUUAGAUGGAUAUACCGCUACUGCAAACGUUGGCUAGGCAUCUAGUUUCAUAAAAUUCGCAUCAAUGGUUGUAACCAUAUCUCCACCAGCAACAGAGAAAGAUGGUACAUAUCCAGUAACUAUUACAAUAAAAGAUGACAAUCCUGUUCCAAUGACUUCAACUUACACUUUUAAUGUUAUCAUUAAAGGCAAGGAAGAAACUGCAUCCAGUAAUAAUAGUUCAAGUAGUACUAGUAAUUCCACUUUCAAAGGAGUAGUUAUAGAUGAAGUAUUACCAUUGAAUGCGACUUAAGACUAAAAGGACAAGAAAAAGCAGAGUGACUUACUUUACUCUAAAUUUGGAGUCAAGAUCUAUUCUAUAACAAAUACUGGAAUUCUAACCCUCCAAUUUCUUGACCCUAUUAGAACUCCUGAUUUUAAUUCAACAGGCUUAAACUUAACAGAAGUCUACAAAUCUAAAUUCUUUUCAAAUGUUGUCAAAGUAUAUACGAUUCCCAGUGAGUAUUCAAAAGUAUCUGAUCUAAACUUUAAUUGGACUGAGAUAAGGGAUCAAAUUAGAGUGACAUUCUUAUUAAAUGGGUAUUUUAUACAAUAAAGCACUGGCAGAGCACUAAAACUUCCAGCUAUUUUAACAAAAAAUCUUCCAAAAUAAUUAGAUCCAGGAGGUAUGUAUAUCUUAAAGUUAUGUAAAAUUUUAGAUGCUGCACUGUUAGGAGCACUUGGAGGCUCUGCUUCAAGCUCUUUGUAAGGCUUAAUGAUGGGUAAUAUGGGUAUUAGCAUUGUUUUUAGUAAAGUUAGUAUAGCAAACUUAGGUAGUUUAUUUUAUUACAUGGUUGGAAUUGGCUGCACAAUUAUUGGACUUAUUUUAGUUAAAUAUUUAUCUAGAAAGUACAGAUUAUUUGCAUCUUUAUUUGCUAUUGCUCUGCUCAGUGCUACUUUUAUUUUCCCACUAUUAGUGUUAAUUGUGCUAUUCGUUCUCUAAUCCAAACUAACACAGCCAGCUUGCUUGCAAAAAAUAGGUUCUCUCUAUGAUGGUUUAAAAGUAGAUCAGAGAGCAGCACUUCUAUAUAACGUUUUUUUCUUGAGCAGAAGAUUUUUAUUUGCCAUAACCUUGGUCAUUUUUAACGGGAGAGAUAAUGCUACCUUUUAGAUUCAAGUAAUGUUCUUGCAAAGUCUCAUCCUAUUGGUUUAUGUGAUAUAUAUUAAGCCAUUUUAAGAUCCAGAAUUCAACUACAUUGAAAUCUUUAAUGAGACUUGCAUAUUAAUGAGCUCGUAUCAUCUAAUGAUCUUUACAAAUUAUGUGCCUGAUAUAGAAAAAUAAAGCAUAUUUGGCUACACUCUUUUAGCUAUUACAGUCCUCAAUGUAGCUGUGAACACUAUAAUAAUGAUGAUAAAGACAAUUUAUAAGAUUAAAAAUUCAUUUAAAAAACUAAGAUAAAAGAUAAAGCUUUUUCAAAGGAAGAAAGCAGUUAAAAGGGCAGAGAUUUAUUAUUUGAAUGAACAAGAUUUUGACUACAAAGAGGGAGCAUUUAUCAGCAAAGUUUACAAAAAUCUUAAAAAUUACAAGGAUUUAGAAGAUAAAAAUUCAUUUGAUAGUAACUACUUAGGCUAAACAUUCGAUCAAGACAGUCCACAAAAGUCAAUGAGUCGAUCUCUAACAAAUAAUUUUAUUCAAGAGGAUCUUACACCAUAAAAAUCAUAAAUAAGAGAUAAUAAUGUAAUCAAAUCAAUCUACAAUUUCUUCAAAAGAUAAGGUAGAAUGAUGCCCAUCACCCUUUCACCAAUAAAUAGAGGUCAUAGUAAAUUGAAUUCACUAUUCGAAAAUGACAGAAUUACAUAAGCUUAAGAUAUACAAUAAUCUAUGUAAUUAAAUGACAUCGAAGAUGAAAGUUAUUCAUAGAUAGAUAAAAGAGAAUUUAAUGAAAAUCUUACGCUUCAAUAAGAUAGCACAAAGAAUCUCAUCGCAAGUUAGAACAUUAAUACUUUUUUCCCUGACCCAUCCCCUAGUAAACUUGAGAGCACAAUAUAAGCUUUGCUUAACGGCUAAUAGAUGCCAUAAACUCAGAUGAAAAAUGAUUAUGAUUAAACUGAUAAGUAUACAUUUAGAAAUGUCAUGCAGCAGUUAAAAGCAUAGCAAAAUCAAAAUGCUGAUAGUGAUGAUGAAGAUUCAGAUGAAUUAGAUUAUGAAAAUAAUUUUACAGAAGAUGUUUUUAAUGAUCGAGAUAGACUUCCUCAAGAAACGGAGGAUGAUCUUGACAAAGAAGAACUUGAAAUUUGA